CAGUGCACUCACCGGUGUGUGUCACCAUCGUAUACCUUCGAGGCAAUUGGCAAAUGCUCAGCCCUAUGCAUAAUCGGCUUUUCAAUGCCCUACCUUUUGGAGUACCGAACAAACGCCCAGUAAUUUGGAAUUAUACUGUCGUCACUUUGGUGCUUCUCGAGAUGUUCUCUAUGGAGACAGGACCGGAAUAUAAAUAGCGAGGCGUGGCGUCGAUGUGUUGGUUGAAUCUACCCCUGAUGUUCAUGUGGCAAGUGUGAAGACAAACACAUUUGACUCUCACUGUUGUUUGCGCUCGUUCGGCGAUUGUUCUGCGAAGGUCUUACCUCAUUCUACAGCUGGAGUCACCUUUCUCUCUAUCUCUCUCUAUUCAGGCCUUAAACGACGCCACUGAAACCAGAAUUCACUGGCAAUCAUGGCCUCGCGACUUGAUCAUCCGAUCCCAAUGGGAUACAUCCUGGAUGAGCAGUAUGAGCAAGAGUCUUCGUUCUCGGACUCAGAUGGCCACUGGUCCGAGAACGACGCGUUCUCAAGCGAGAACUUCUGGAGAUCGAUUCCUUGGCCUAUCGAUCGAUCAGGAGCAUCUCUGUUCGAGACCUAUAACCAGCAAUAUGAGGCCGGACCUCAUAAUGGCGUGUUCGACAAUGUUGGACUCGCAUCCUCCGUGCCCGUGCCUUAUGGUAUCAAUUUUCAAGAUCCUGUUGGCUUUCAGACGUACCAUCUUCAAGACGGCAGCCAAAAUUCACGGCUUCAUACACCAUCGAUCGACUUUUCCGCACUUCCUACCAAUGGUCAUACAUCGAGUCUUCAACCUCACGAUAUGCGGAGUGAUCAUGGCGCAUACAACACCACACCUUACCAGCUAAUGCCAAGGCAUCCGGUGGCUCAGACAACCCAAUCCAAUCAACAGCCGUUCAACGUACUACUGUGGCAAUCGCAGCUCAACACAUUCAACAGCUCCGUCAAAACUGCGCAACCACGAUACAACAUCCAACGAGCCAACAGCACUGCCGGUCUCCAUGCUCUCCAACCAAAGCCACCACAAAGCUCGCCUCCCCAGAUCCCUUCACCAUCUCCAGCCUCUCACCCCAGACGUCCCCGGCGCCAUUCCCACUCUCCGACAACGUCAGGGUCAUCAUCCUCGUCUACCACCGCUCAAUGCCAAUACUGCAGCGUCAUCUGUCGACGCGAAAGUGAUCUCCGCCGCCACGUUGACGAAGUCCAUUUACGGAAAAGAUUCUAUUGUAGCUUUAUAGGAUGCGGAGCUAGCUAUCCUCGGGAAACAAAGAUGAGGGCGCAUUUACGAGCAAAACAUCCUGGGCAGAGCUAUGUUCGAGGGAUGGGGGGCGGUUUCGAAGUUGCUCUUGGGAAUUGAAAGAUGCCAAAGGCAGAAUGUAAAUUUAAGGUC